AUGUCUGUUCCACAAGCUGCUCGUAGUAAAACUCAAAACGAUACCGAUCUUCUCAUACGUACACUAGAUGGUAAAACAGACAUUUUUCACUGGGCGAUGGAAUCCGAAAAUACUCAAACUGCUUCAGUUGCCUUAAAAAAUAGAUCUCAUGUAGUACUUAUAACAAUAGAACAUCCGUAUCUCCCUGAAGCAGAUCAUCCAGAAAAUUCUCGUUCGAGAGUUUUCAGAAAAUGUCGGCAUGCUACACAAAUAAAUGUAAGAUUUGAAUCUGAAAAUAUUCGCUAUAAAAACGACCACUUACUUGACAAGGGUUUCUUAAUGAUUGGUGAUGGAGGCCUUGAACCGAAUAUAUUUCAUGUGUUACCUCCAUCCAAUAUUUAUGAGUGUGAUGCAAUGGCAGUUGGCCAUCGUUCCAAAAACGCACGUGACUAUUUAGCGCGCCACUCCAGCGAAUUUCAAGCAUGUGAUAAAACUGUACUAAUUUGUCACGGUAUCAAGGCUUUGAAGAGUACUUUAGCAGAUGACGAAAAUAUGUCUGAUCAGCAUAUUUCGAUUAUAACAAUGCGAGUAAAUGAUAAAUAUAAUUAUCUUAAUCAGGGGAGGGGAUAUGGUAUGAUUGCCAUAUUACCGAAAUGUUUGGAUUAUUGA